AUGUCGACCAUAGCCUCGCCCAGGGAGCCACCCCGUCGUGUGCCCUCCCAGACCCUCAUAACGCCGACCUCCUCGACGCGGCCCUCGCUCGACGCACCGCGGUCCGUCACGGGCUCGCCGAACCCCAACACUCCGCCGACCGCGCCCUCGGGCCCGGGCGGUGCCAAGAGGAACCGUGCCGCCCUGCGCGAGUACUACAACCUGCGCGCCAAAGCCGCCGCCGGCGCGACGCCGACCGUCGAAGUCACAGACCCAGUUGGCGAGCACCAUGAGGCGUCCGAGGUCCCGCCAUCCGAGGUGGACAAGGAGGGAUUCGAUGCCGAGGCCUUCGUGCAGAAGACGGUGAACGACAGCGGGAUGGAGGAGCUCCUGCGCUUGUACACGAGGACACUGGGCGAAAUACGGGCGUUGGACGCGGAGAAGAAGGCACUGGUCUACGACAAUUACAGCAAACUCAUCUCGGCUACCGAAACGAUACGGAAGAUGCGAGCCAACAUGGACCCCCUGAACCCCAUGGCCUCCACGCUGGACCCAGCAAUUGCCCAGAUAUACUCGCAAGCUUCUGAGAUACGGGACUCUCUACGACAAGCCGUGCCGAAAACGACUGCGUCUCAGGAGGAAGCCGAAGAGACUAGGCAGCGAAAGCUACGGACACAACAGCUGGCCCUCCACGUCCUGGAGACGCCGGACAGGGUUCGGGCUCUUGUCAAUGAUGGCCGCCUCGAAGACGCCAGACAGGUGUGGAAAUUGCCGCGGAAGCUCCUCCAGACAUGGAAGGAGCAAGGAGUAGGGGGCGACGACGUGGAUGCUUGUAUUCAAGACGGCGACAGUGCACUACGGGGAGAGCCUGGCCGGUUCAAUUGGCGGCCCGCAAAAGCCGAGGAUACUGACUGA